AUAACGGUAGUUGAUAAAACAUGGCGGCCUCCAUGAUUAACUUGUGCAGACGAUGUUUGCAAACAAGUUUUCCAUUUUUAUUGGCUACACACCCUGUCAGAAGAAAACUUCCACACUAUCUUCGACAAGAAAUUGAGACCAAAUCUUUCCAUACUCAAUCAGGACCACUGCGCAAUGGUGAAUUUGAAAUGCAAGAUCCAAAGUCUGAAGAUGAAGUUGUGAACAUAACUUUUAUUGACAAACAAGGAAAGAGGAUUUGUGUUCGUGGUAAAAUAGGUGAUAAUGCAAUGUACUUAGCCCACAGAUAUAAUAUAGAACUAGAAGGUGCAUGUGAAGCGAGUUUAGCAUGUUCCACAUGUCAUGUUUAUGUAAAUGAAGAUUAUUUUGAUCAGUUACCAGAACCGAAAGAAGAGGAAGAAGACAUGCUGGACAUGGCACCGUUUUUAAAACCUAACUCUAGACUUGGUUGUCAGAUAAUAUUAAAUAAAGAUCUGGAAGGACUAGAAUUAACUUUACCACCUGUCACUAGAAAUUUUUAUGUUGAUGGUCAUGUACCACAACCACAUUGAAAUUAAAACUAUAGGCCUAUAAUAUUCUAAUGUGCACAGGAUCCUCACAGACAAAAGAACAAACAAACAAAAAGAUUCAAAUUUUAGGAAUAAAGAAAUAGAAUUCUGUGAGUGUCAUAUGGAGGGUGGUGCAUAUUACAAACAAACAAAAAGAUUCAAAUUUUAGGAAUAGAGAAAUAGAAUUCUGUGAGUGUCAUAUGGAGGGUGGUGCAUAUUACAAACAAACAAACAGAUUUUUUAAGUGGUACAUUUUCU